GCAACAAUAUAUUGAGAUCAAACACUCAUGCGGCAGUUUCUCAAUGUUUUCCCUGCUUCGCAAUUGAUCCGCUUGACGAUAAACUCUUCUCGUUUUACCCCCUCCCCCCUUCCGCUAGGAUUGGCCAUAUUGCUAGCCGUUGAUAAAUUCACGGGAUUUUCGUACCGACUGAAGUUGAAAAACAUUACCAGGAGACGAAAGAGUAACUACAAACACAGUAUUAAAGUGCUCACUAGGUAUUUAAAAAUGGAGUUAUCGUCAGAAGUAUUGGAGAGCUUGGUUAUAGAUAACAGGGAUGUUAUGGAGGUAUUGAAAGAUGGAAAUGUUAUGGAAGGAGACAUCAUAUUUGAAUCUGAAAUGAUUAACGAAGAUUCUGAGGAAGCAGAAAUAGAAGAAAUUAUAGAGAUAAUUGAGGAAGUCGAUGAAAACGAAACAUGUCUAGAUGAUGAUAUCUCGGAUAAGGAAAAAUUAACAGAUGCAAAGGAUACUGACACAAUCGAAAAAACAAAGAAAAAUGACAAAGCAAUUAAUAAAAAUAUAGAGUUCUUUGGCUUUGACGACGAGAAUUCAACAUCUACUAUGCAAUUUGAAAAAGAAUCAAUCAAACCUGUAAACAAUAGCGCAUCGAAAACCACUAAAAAACAAGUAAUAAAUUAUGACGUCGAUGAAGAUUGGCAAGAUGAGGAGUUGGAGCGAGAGGAUGGGUUGGACAAUAAUUCUGAGUUGACUGAUAAUCAGGCAAGCAGUUUACGAACGCAGGCUGAUAAAAAGCAUGUAAAUAAUCAGACUGUCUUACUGCAAACAAAUAACCUUUCCACGGGAAAGGCGGAUAAAUCUCGGACAGAAUCUUAUGGGAAGAAAGCAAAUGACAUUGUAGAUGACAGUGAUUUAACUCAAGAGAUAGUGAAAAAUACAGAGAACAAUCUGUUAUACACUGUGCUAGGCACAAAGAAGCAAGAUUCUUCUACUAAACAGCAACAAGAGAAACAUAAUGAUCAUUAUGUUAAAAUGGAACGACUUGAAGCAAACACUAUACCAGUUGAGGGUACUAUUUACUAUGAAGGAGAUAACAUGGAGACGUUGUAUGUAGCGCAAGCCAUGGAUGAUAACGAACAGUACCAGUAUGAUAACGCGACGAUGGAACAAGAUGAACAAGUAACCUGGGAAGUGGCAAAUUCCGAGACCAAUCCAAAUCAAGAAGAUAAUUCUCAAGAUCAAAUAUUUUUGCACGAGGACGAAGAUGGUCAAUUAUAUUUUAAGGAUGCUAGUGGAAUUUUACAACCAGUAUACUUAACCGAGGAUGGAAAUUACGCAAUUGCUGAAAACAAUGAUGAUAAUACCAAUAAAGACUCGCAACCUAAAUCUCAUCAGAAUAAUAGUACAGCCCAAGAAGAGACUUUCAUUUUGCCUGAUGUAGAGUCGAAAUCCACUUCUAAUAAACAGACAACUAGUAGUACAGUAUUAUCGCCAUCGUUUCAAGAUUAUGAUAAUGAAGAUAAUACUGUGACUAUAUCCUUGAUAAUAUCGGAGGAUGAGAAUGGACAAAAGAGAACUCAAGUUAUUAUACCGACAACAGACAAUUUGAAGUGCGACAUCUGUAAUAAAAGCUUUAAAACAUCUUUCCAGUUACUCAGGCAUAAUAGACUAAAACAUGCUCGUGAGGAAGAUAUAACUACAAGAAACUUUCCUUGUGACUCUUGUCCUAAAAGAUAUCCAGAUCAAAGUUCGCUCGCCCGUCAUCGAAAGACUCACACUGGUGAUCGACCGUUUCAGUGCUUGGAAUGCCACAAAAAUUUCCCUACGUCGACAGCAUUACGCCGUCAUUUGACACUACACAAUUCUCAAUCGCGACCACUUCCUUGUAUUUACUGUGGUAGGCGGUUCAUGGAUAAGUCCAGCUUAACAAAACACGAAGAAUCACAUAUGCCUAAUGAUCAACGCAAGUACACAUGUGAUGUAUGCCAAAAGACUUUCUACCACAUAACUGAUCUGACUAUGCACAAGAAACAUCAUGACCCCGACAAGAAAUUCGAUUGUGAGGUUUGCGGUCGCGAAUUCAAUAGACUGAAUAAUUUGCAGAGACACAUGAUGGUACACCAACAACAACAAGGAGCAAAUGAGGAAAUACUUUCUUGUGAUGUAUGUGGAAUUACAUACAAAUUCAUGAGUUCAUUAACAAGGCACAUGGUAACCACGCAUAUGAAUCCUGAAAAACUGCGACAACAGGCGGAGGAGCAGCGAAGAAAACGCGAGAACAAUUACCGGAAAUACCUAGAAAACCGAAAAAUGUACGAAACUCAUAGUACAAAACGUAAAUAUAAUUUACUUGCCGCAGAAAGCGACGAAACAACUUGAUUUAAAUUUUUCAAUUUUGUUUCUUGACAGUUUCGUAAAGCAUACAACAAUAUGAUUAUAAUUUUUGUAAGAAUAAUAACGUAUUUUAUGUUAUUAUUUUUGUAUCAU